AGUUCCCAUGUGACAUUCGUGUUUCCUUUGGACUCAUUUUUCCGACCUUCAACAUGUCCGGGGCAGGGAAAAGUUGUCAGCGCUUGUACGAGCAGAAGGCCUCAGAGAGGACAUGCCCGAGGGACUGCUUUGAGCCGCCGGACGGACCCUGCCUCGACUACAAGCUAGUGCUGCCCUCCGAGGACGUGGUCGAUCCGGAUGUGGAGGUGAUACAGGUGUCCCUGAAGCCGGAUGGGCCGGUGCGUAAGGAGAUCGACAUCAGAGCCGAGUGCAGCAAGAGCUGCGGCAGAAACAGCGACGAGGACAAGGAUAAGGAAGAGUACUGCACCUUGUGUGCAACUCAGGAGCGGGCAAUACGUCCCAAUCUGUGCUCGGCCGAGUGCAGACCGCUCCAGACCAUUUUGCACCUGAACGAGUACACUAAGCGACCCCUGCCCAAGCCAAGCUACAAGCACAGCGUCAUGCUGGACGACAAUACGGUUGUGGGGCGCUGCUUCCCAAUGCUGUUCCGACUGCGGCGCAUAAAGAACAAGUGCCUCAGCUGCGGCAGGGAUCUCCUCUUCCGGCAUCCCAUCACGGCCAGCCAGAACCUGCUGCUGCUCUCCAACUGCUGCGAUGUGGAGGUGUAUCCGCACAAGAAGGUCGAGAACAUGAACAACGUGCCAGUAGGGAUGAUAACCGGGCCAAAGCGCUUCACCAGGCGGCUGUUGAAAGACAGGUCCGAGUGCCGUUUGUUUGCCCUGCCCCCGCCAGAGCCUCCAACAGUGACCCGUUUACCAACCAUGGCGUCCGAAGCGGUGCCAGCAAAGGGUAAAAAGGAAAAAGGGAAAAAGAAGGGUAAAAAGUAGUUGGUAGCCCAUCUCAGUCCAUAUUGGAUCAGAAUAAAUUCAAAAACUAACACUUAAACUGUUUAAAUGAACUUAUUCCGGGGCUACCCCCAAGAUUUUACAUGAA